UAGGAAUGGGCAGUGGCUGUUCACAUUCAGUAUACCUUUUCCAUUCGCUAACAAGGCCUUGCCAGGCUGGGACAGAGUUGUUCCUUUUUGACUCCAGAGAGAGAAGCCACUGAGAGGAUUCCAGGGAGCCAUGGAACGGCUGCAAGUCACCGUUCUUUUUCUCCUUCUGUCCAGUCUUUGCAGUGGUGAAGAGAAUGAAGAUGCUAAAAAUACAUCUACUCCUGUGUUGCCAUCAAUGAUUUCUACAACAACCCCUACACCAACACCAAAUCCUGUUGUCAAAUCAACAUCUCCUAUAGGAACAACCAACAAUGAAUCAUUAAAAACAUCUCUGGUGUCAACAGUUUCUUCAUUACCAACAGUUAAAGAUGAAGAAUUAAGAACCACAACCAAUGGUACCACAAAGAAUGAGUCCAUCAUUACAAAAGUAACAGAGGCAAAUAUUCUACUUUCAAAGGCUGUCUCAACAUCACAAAGUUUCCAAAACAAGACUGACAAUCAAAGUUUAACCAAAACAACAGAAAUACCAGGUAAAACUCCACAACCAGAUACAUCGCAUUCUAAAACCAGCACAUUACCCUCAGUGUCAACUACAGUUACAGAAAACCUCUUGCAAUCUCAAGGCCCUGAGGAUGGAAAAAAUGCAAGCUCUCCAGCAACCAGCCCCUCUUACUCCAGUAUUAUUUUGCCGGUUGUUAUUGCUUUGAUCGUAAUAACACUUUCAGUGUUUGUUGUAGUGGGUCUGUAUCGAAUGUGCUGGAAGACAGAUCCAGGCACUACGCCGGAAAAUGGAAAUGAUCAACCUCAGUCGGAUAAAGAGAGUGUGAAGCUUCUCACUGUUAAGACAAUUUCUCACGAGUCUGGUGAGCACUCUGCACAAGGAAAAAGCAAGAACUGACAACUUGAUGAAUCCUCCCUACAACUAGGCAAUAAAUAUGCUUCACCUUCAGCUUCUCUGCUCCAAGGCUGGGAAGGGGGAGACUCCAGCAGAAUCAGUCCCACCUCCCAGUCCUGUGGCCCGCCUGCACCAACUGCUGUCCCAAUAAAGUGAUGUCCAGUGGGCAUGCAGUGAUUUGACAGAAUCAGAAAGAAUUCUUGGUCUCUCCUGACUUUUGUGACUGAGAAGCACAUGACCCCUUUUUAUAGAAACAUUCCUAGGAAAGCAAUUUUUAGGAGGGGUUGUUGAGAGCAGUGAACCUGACAGUCCAGGAAGGUGGGCUCGCUGAAGGCACACCCCUCCUGGAGUUAAAAGUUUCCAGGGCUGACAAUUUUUGUCCAUGAGGAUUUUACUACUUUCUGGGUGUCCUUUUAUUACCUAAUGUCUGUAUUUAUUGUUUUCCACUAUGUUAAUGCAGAAAACAUUUGCAAAUAUGUUAUUAAAUAUUAGCUAAAAAUCAUACCAUGCCAUUUUGUAUAUAUAUUUUAUUCCCAUUUUAAUGUGUUACUUUUAACAAAUAAUUAAUGUACUAAACGCUAAAGUUAUCAUAACAUGACUGUGAAAAUUGCAAUGGUAUUGUUUUACCAUAAUUGUGAAUUUGUUUUGAUUGAUUAUUAGAAUAUGAGAACUUUCUAACAGAAGGUGUCUGUAAUAAAUGAGAAAGGGACAAAGGAUUCACCUAUCAGAGCCUGUUAUGGGGAUGGCAGUUUGUCAUUUAUUUGGUCUUUCUAUUUGUCAUUCACAGUAUGUGACAAGGAUGGAAGGGCAUUUAUGACACCAUACUGUAUUCCUUCAGAUAAUAGGAUCAAGAUUUUUCAUUAAUCUAUCUGGUUGAUACUAGCUCUGCGUUUUUUUUAUUUCUUACAGAAGUGUAAUGAUUUGUUCCAGCAAUAAUUGCCAAAUCUCUGGUUUGCAGAAAACUAACAUUUCAUAAAUAUAUAAUUAUGAUAUUAUUCUUCAGUGUAUCACUUCCUUAAAAAUACCCUGUGAUUAUAGCUGUCACUCCAUCAGCAGCGAAUUCUUCUGUUGAGAGAUGACGGAGCAAACUUGACCACUUCCUUGACACAUGGGAUCAAAAUGUCAAGUUGGCUGUGGAAAGCUUUGGAAGUAAUAAGUCGCCAGUGAAAGCUUUUUAACUUUUAUUGCUUCCUAAGCUGAUUUCAGCACUAAAUUAUCUUCCUGAUCUGAGAGCAGUGUGGUAGAGGUAGAAUGGUAUUUUUAAAGCUGCCUUUUAAAAUUUCUUUUGUUGUAAUGUAUUUGACAACUUCCAGCUUUAGGGAUUAUAUAAUCAUCUUGAUUUUAAGUUCCUGCUGUUUGGACUAUUUAUAAUCAAGGACAUCAAGCAAGAAUAACCAUAACUAAAUUUCCAACUGAUGUCUCUUUGAGAAGAAGGAUGGGAAAGGGGAAAAAAGAAAAGAAAAGGAAGAGAAGAAAGAAAAGGAUCUCCGCUGUGUGUGCUUUCACUUUAGGGCUGCUGUGCUCACUUUUACUU